UCGCUUCUGUUAUUUCAUUGGUGGUGAAGUGUUACAGUGUUAAAGUGUUAAAUUCUUACUUGUGCAAAUAGUAAAUAUCAAAAAAUGACUGGUCGCGGCAAAGGUGGUAAAGGUUUGGGAAAAGGUGGUGCCAAACGUCAUCGCAAAGUUUUACGUGAUAACAUCCAAGGUAUCACUAAACCAGCUAUUCGACGUUUAGCUCGUCGUGGUGGUGUAAAACGUAUAUCUGGUUUGAUAUAUGAAGAAACUCGUGGUGUUUUAAAAGUAUUUUUGGAGAAUGUUAUCCGUGAUGCAGUUACCUAUACUGAACAUGCCAAAAGGAAAACAGUUACAGCUAUGGAUGUUGUGUACGCUUUAAAGAGACAAGGCCGUACUUUAUACGGUUUCGGCGGUACUUGUGCAAAUAGUAAAUAUCAAAAAAUGACUGGUCGCGGCAAAGGUGGUAAAGGUUUGGGAAAAGGUGGUGCCAAACGUCAUCGCAAAGUUUUACGUGAUAACAUCCAAGGUAUCACUAAACCAGCUAUUCGACGUUUAGCUCGUCGUGGUGGUGUAAAACGUAUAUCUGGUUUGAUAUAUGAAGAAACUCGUGGUGUUUUAAAAGUAUUUUUGGAGAAUGUUAUCCGUGAUGCAGUUACCUAUACUGAACAUGCCAAAAGGAAAACAGUUACAGCUAUGGAUGUUGUGUACGCUUUAAAGAGACAAGGCCGUACUUUAUACGGUUUCGGCGGUUAAAUAAUUUCUUGCGUACAUAUUUAAAAAACGGUCCUUUUCA